AUGCAUGACCUCAGGCUAAAUACAGAUUUUAGUUCUGCUAAAGAUACAAACAGUAAUUUGCAAACUGUUUGUGAACUGUCUACAGAUCUCGAAGGAGUUAAGUUGGAUGCUGUUAUUACGGAGUCUAAACUUUCUAAAAACAUCCAUUCAAACCACGAAAAUAUUAACAAAAACAUGAAAUUGAUUCAUAAAUUCUCUCAUGAACUGCCUAUUAUGCAGUGCGAACAACAAGAUCAUUUUCGAAAAAUUUCUAAACAUGACUUAGCAAUUAAUCAAUUAAUUCAUCAUUUAGAAACUAUUCAAAGUGAGCAAGGAAAACACAAUCAACAAAUUAGUGAACAAUACACAAGUAUUGAACAAAUAAGAGAAGGAUUAGCCGUUAUGCAUGAUGAACAUGUUUUGAAUCACUCAAGCAAGAACUCGUCAGAAAUAAUACAAAGCAGGGAAAUAAAAAAUGUAAACGUUAACAGCACCUCCAGUCAUGUAAUUAUUGUACAUGACACAACCUCCUCGGCUAUGGAAACAAUACCCAAUCAAGACAAACAAUAUGACUACAAUGUCCAUUGCCCGGUUGGUAAUAGCGGUCGACCUUUAACAGAGAUCAUCGAACUGUGUGAAGAUGUAAUUAGUAUUGAUCCAGAUAAUAGUUUAAACAAAACCCUGCAGGAAAACUGUUCAUUACUUAAAACCCCAACAGAAGACCAACAAAGUGUUACAUUAAAAUCAACCCACUGUAAUGAAGCAGCGGAAUCAGGGUGUGAAAUUAAUACUAUUACUAAUCUGGCAAAUGGCGAAUCUCUUGCUCCCGAAACAUACCAAUCGAACGAAGAAUUGUCCCAUUCCAUGCCAGCGAAAACAGUUAAUUCAACUUUAAAAACGCAAUCAGAAAAAUCGGGUCCCUCCGAACAGGUCAGGGCAAAAAGCAGGGAAUUAGUUUUCGGACAAACGCCAAAACAAAACACCGCAAAUAAGGUGAAAGGUCACAAGUCAAUCAAGUGUACACAACGUUUAUCAAAAGAGAUAUAUUACGACAACAAUAUAUCUAGGCUAAUCGAUAAAAGUGAAAUAAAUUGCAACCCGGGGGUGCCUGUCAGACAUGCGGAGUGGGUGGGACGGCUACCUUUGAUUGAAUCUUCAUAUAAGUCUGCAUCGUUAAGAAAACCUACGACUUUAAACGAUUUCCAGCGAUCGUGUAAGAGAAAUUUUCGGAAGAGUCGUUCAAACCACCGUCCCUGGGACUGGCAGAGGUACCUCGAAUUUGUUCGGAAAACGUUACAUCCUCGUGUGACUCGACCUCCAAUUCGCCUACGAACAACAAAGUAA